AUGUUAGCGAGCCUAUUAAAAGAUGCCAAGUCGGUGGCGGCUGCUCUUGAUACGAUGUAUGUAACAGUAGUUGGAAUCGACGCGUUUAGCCAUCAGCCCAAAAGUUUCCAAACCACCCGGGAAUUCUGCAUCUUCCUCAGCCUCUCCUCCUCCUCCUCCUCCUUCUUCCCCAAACACCAGAACCGGCUCACCUCCUCCAUCUGCUCCCGCACCGACUGGUGCUCUCUUCUCGGCAGCAUCUCUCAGAGGCUCAGGCUCCGGCUGGUAACUAGCCCUCAGUCGCUCUGCACCCUCAACAACAUGGCCGUGCGAAGGAAAGACAGCUUCCUCUGGGGGAGAGCUCCGCCUAAAUCUGAGAGGAAGCAGGGCGACAACCUCAAGAUGCACAAGUGUGAGCUGCUGGAUGACAUUCAGAAGCUGAGGCUGGAGAUCAACAACGUCACGCCUGACGCACACAACCCCGAAAUGAGGCAGAAGAAUCUCGAUGCCGAGAAAGAGCAGGCGACCACAUCCUGUUCUCUGUUCUCUGGAGGGGAGCGGAGGCGUCGCCACAGAGACCUCCGUCUCACUGCGGCUCCUUCCUCUUCGGCUGAGUCCAGACUAGAGCCCAGCCCCCUCUCAGGUAUCCAGUACCUGGUGGAAAACGGCCUCCUGGAGUGGCAGGCCCAGUCCGUGGCAGCUUUUCUGUACAAGGAGGACGGACUGAAUAAGACCGCUAUUGGCAAUUUCUUGGGAGAAAGGGAGGAAAUGCAUCUGGAGGUGCUGAAGGCGUUCGUGGGCCUGCACGAGUUCUCCGACCUGAAUCUGGUGCAGGCGCUGAGGCAGUUUUUGUGGAGUUUCCGCCUCCCGGGAGAAGCUCAGAAGAUCGACAGGAUGAUGGAGGCGUUUGCCACCCGCUACUGUGACUGUAACCCGGGGGUCUUCCAGUCCACCGACACCUGCUACAUCCUGUCUUUUGCCAUCAUCAUGCUCAACACCAGCCUCCACAACCCCAACGUGAAAGACAAGCCCAGCCAGCAGCGUUUCGUCUCCAUGAACCGAGGCAUCAACAACGGCGGGGACCUGCCCGGCGAGCUGCUCACGAAACUCUACGCCAGCAUCCGCAGCGAGCCGUUCAAAAUCCCCGAGGACGACGGCAACGACCUCACGCUGACCUUCUUCAACCCGGACCGCGAGGGCUGGCUGCUCAAGAUGGGUGAGGCCACUGUGAGCGGGACCUCAGGGGGCGUGGCCUCUUGGGCGUGGCCUGUGGGGCCUAGCCCUCCAGGGGCGUGGCCUUUUGGGCGUGGCCUCUGGGGCGUGGCCUCCGGGGGCGUGGCAUCUUGGGCGUGGCCUCCAGGGCGUGGCCUCUUGGGCUUGCCCCAUCGUCCCCGGGGCGUGGCCUCCGGGGGCGUGGCCUCUGGAGCGCUGCUUCCAGGGAAUGGCCUCGGGGGUGGGGUCCAUCUGGGCGUGGCCUCCAGGGGGGUUCCUCCGGGGGCGUGGCCUCUUGGGGGCGUGGCCUCUGGGUCGUGGCUCCCCAGGGCGUGGCCUUUGGGGUGUGGUGUGGCCUCCGGGGCGUGGCGCGGCCGGAUCAAAACCUGGAAGCGGAGGUGGUUCAUCCUGACCGACAGCUGUCUGUACUACUUCGAGUUCACCACGGACAAAGACCCCAUCGGCAUCAUCCCCCUGGAGAACCUCUGCGUCCGGAAGCUGCAGGACUCCAACAAGCAGUUCGGGCUGGAGCUGUUCAACCCCUCGGGGCAGAAGAUAAAGGCCUGUAAGACGGAGCCCCGGGGCCGGGUGGUGCAGGGCAAACACCAGUCCUACCGGCUCAGCGCCGCCUCCGCAGAGGAGCGCGACGAAUGGAUGGACGCCAUCAGGGCGAGCAUCACCAAGGACCCUUUUUAUGACUUGGUGUCUCUACGAAAGAGGAAGGUCACCAGCAGCUCUCCAACGAAGGGCUGAUACAAAAGCAGCCUGGGUGUGUUUUUUAACGCCUGCUCGGCCUCACAGGAGCUAAUCGAGGUCUUUCUCAUCAACGUACAAACUGGGAAUUGUUGCAUUGUUUGCAUCCUGAGUGAUGCUAAAGACUCAAACUGACAUCAUAAAAAGAGCAAAACACUGGAAAGGAUCAAACUGGAAAGCAAAACGACCACAAAAAUAAUCAGAAACUAAAUGGGCAAAAAUAUAUGAAACAGUGAAGAGAUGAGUUAUCACAAAGGCAAAAAUGAAAGAGAAAUAAUCAUAAAGACAAAAUACAACAAGCAGAAAUAGAAAAAGUUUAAAAUAUAAAAAACUUUUAUAUUNNAAAAAAAUCACAUAUCGAAGCACCCUCAGGCUGUUAUAUGUUCGUCCAUAUUAUUUAAUAUUUAAUGUUUUAAGUUGUAACAAUUACAACGGGAAUCUGACUGGUUUUAUCAGUCAGAAAUAAAGCUUAUUUCCUUGUUUAUAGUUUUAAAAUGUUUUAUUCAUGAAAAAAAAGGUGUUUAAAAAGCCUAAAAAAUAUAUACAUGUCGUCUGUUUUAACUUAUAAAUCUUUGCUAUUGUACAGUAUAUUUCAUUUGUCUUUAUUUCUUUACAAAUUAAUAAUUUAAGGGCUUGAAUGUGUAUAUAAAGAUGUGACAAACUACUUGUGGAAUAAAGGUUUUUCUUUGAGCUGAAGGCUUGUGAUGCUCUCCGUUUCCAGCAGAUGGCGCCACAGGACCACCGUUUCGUUGUUCAAACCUCAACUAAAGUGGUUUUCAUCUACUUUAACUCGCGUGUGUGUGGAGUUUCUGUGUUUGUGAGGCUGUGAGAGUGAGUUGUGUUUUCUGAGGAGCCGAAGAAACACAAAAGUGGUCUCACAUUUUAUUAAAAAGGUGUCAGGUGCACAGACCGGCCUGCUGAAAAUGGCGCCUGGUUAAAAAAACACGCUUAAAUUGGCUCAUUUGAACAGUUUCUGCAUAUCUUCCGGGGCUCGUUGUGUUUUUUCCUGCGGGUCCUCGUGCAUUAUUCACAGUCUGACGGACUCCGGCUGUCCUCUGGAAGUCGACACCACGGCCGAUCACUUUUCCUGUCCCCACGGCAACCAGAAUCAGUUACCAGGUGUGACAUAACACAGACCCCCCCCUCUGCGGCCAGCAGCUGCUGCCUAAAAUGUAGAAAAACUGGAGGAAUCCAAGUGGAGUCUCCCUCUUUUCUCCGUCCCAGAUCUGGUUUGCUUCUGGUUUAGGGGGUCACCUGGUCCCAGGUGGGCGGGGCCACCUGGUCCCAGGUGGGCGGGGCCACCUGGUCA